AUGGGUAUCUCACGAAGUGCAACCCUCGUCAUUGCAUAUUUAAUGAUUGAUGGACAUAAGACACUCGGCGAAACUUUUCAACAAGUCAAAAGCGUACGAGAACAAAUCGAUCCUAAUGAGGGUUUUAUCAGACAAUUACGUGAACUGGAAAUAUCAUUAUUUGGUGAGACAAUGACUCUGGAACGUAUUACUUUUCAAGAUCUUAGUAUCGAUGAAUCACCCAAAACUGUUAUGGACCGUGUGCUUACGGUUCUUGAAGAUUUCGUUGCAGCUUUUGCUGAUGAUGCAUCUCCACAGACGCUCGACAUGCUCAAAGAUAAACUUCUUAGAUUAGCUGACAAAGUCAAACGUAAUAAUGUCACUGAUUUAUUGUUCAAUGGUAUUUGCAGAUGUCUACGAAUGUUCGGAGAAGAUGAUUCAUUAGAUCAAGAAGCAAGAGUUGGUCUACAACAAGGACUUUCUGCUUUGUGCACUUUCUAUAACGUUGAUAUCAAUGAUUGUCUCAACAAUUUGACUAACACUGAAGAAUGGAAAAAUCUUUGCAUUGAUGUACCAUUAGUUUAUCGAUGGAUCAAUCAUUUACGAGACCAAAGUUCUUCAAUGAACAUAUCGUAA